UCCCCAUCUCCGUAUCCGAUAUUCCCAGUUCUCCACCUCACCAAACGAUUACUAUUGAAAAUUUCCUCCGUUAUCUGAAUUUGUUUUUCAAGUACCCCUUUCCAACUCUUUAAAUACCACUAAACACUCCCAACUUCCCUUAAUCCUAAUCGAUCUCCUCUAUUCUUUUUCCUGCUUGUUUUUUGGGCUUCAACAAUGGCGAAAGCUAAUGUUGAUCAGAAGCUGAAGAGGCUAAGAGCAUGGGUUCAAAACUAUGAGUGGGGAAGAAGUGGGGCGGAGGCGGAGGUGGCGAGGCUCAUGGCUUUGAAUUCGGGGGCUGAGAUUGACCCAAACAAGCCCUAUGCGGAGCUUUGGGUGGGAACCCAUGAAUCGGGGCCUAGUGUUUUGGUUGACGAUGAUGAACAGAAUGUGGGUUUAACAUUGAAAGAGUGGACAGAGAAGAAUCCAAAUGUGCUUGGUGCUAAAGUUUUGGAAAAAUGGGGCUCUCAUCUUCCUUUCUUGUUCAAGGUACUGUCAGUGGGGAAAGCACUGUCCAUACAGGCGCAUCCAGAUAAAGAAAUGGCCAAAGAGUUGCAUAAGAUGAACCCUAAUCUCUAUAAAGAUGAUAAUCACAAACCCGAGAUGGCUCUGGCUAUUACUCCCUUCACCUCCCUUUGUGGUUUCAUUUCCCUCCACGAGCUUAAGCAAGUGCUUGAAGAUGUUCCCGAGAUAGUACAAGUGAUCGGCAUUCCAUCAGCAAAGCAAGUCAUGGAUAUUCAGGAGCAUGGUGGCGCUGCCACCGAAGAAAUUAAAUCUGCUCUGCGCUCGGUCUUCACGCAGCUUAUGUCUGCGAGCAAGGAGAUGACGACCAAUGCUAUAUCGAAACUUAAAACUCGGCUUCUCAUAGAACGUCAGUUGAGGAGUCUGAGGGAGAAAGAAGAGUUGGUGUUGGAGUUGGAAAAGCAAUACCCCGGAGACAUCGGAGUGUUAUCGGCGUUUCUGUUGAAUUACGUGAAACUGAAGGCGGGGGAAGCUUUGUAUGUGGCGGCGAAUGAGCCUCACGCGUAUUUACGUGGGGACUGCAUCGAGUGCAUGGCAACCUCAGACAAUGUUGUCCGGGCUGGUCUCACUCCCAAGCAUCGUGAUGUCCAAAUCCUUUGUUCCAUGCUCACCUAUAACCAGGGGUACCCUGAAAUCCUUGCGGGACUUCCAUUGAGUCCUUACAUAACAAGGUACCUCCCACCGUUUGACGAGUUCGAGGUCGAUCGUUGCGUUCUUCCGAAAGGGUCAUCGGCGGUUUUUCCGGCUGUCCCGGGCCCUUCCGUCUUCCUCGCCUUCGCAGGGGAAGGAACAUUCAAAACCGGAUCUUGUGGAGGCAUUGUUACCGAAGGAGAUGUGAUGUUUGGACCAGCCAAUACUGAGAUCACCAUUACUGCAACUGCAAGAGAGCUGCAAAUUUAUAGGGCGGGGAUCAACAGCAGGUUCUUUCAUAGCUUAUGAAUUUGAGAACAGUGCCGCCGGCAGCCAUUAUCAUUUUUCAGCCUUAGUGAGCAAAUAAAUUAUUUGUUUUAUUUAUUUUGCAUGUAUUU